AUGGGCGCUGGAGAGCAACAAGCAACACCAGCUGUUGAGGUAUCCGACCUGUUCUUUCGGUUCAACCCUGAAUGUCUAGACGUAUUACGGGAUGUUAACCUGGAGCUCGAGCGUGGAUCACGAUGUCUACUGAUAGGUGCCAAUGGAGCAGGUAAAUCGACCUUGCUCCAAAUCCUGGCUGGCAAACGGAUGACGAAAUCAAAGGCGAAAGCGUUAGGCGAAGACGUUUUUUUCAACACACCAGCAGGUGUCGCUUAUUUAGGUACUGAAUGGGCCAGUAACACAGUCGUUCGAUCUGAUUUAGUCGUUUCACAUUUUCUGGAUUCGGUGGGAGGUUACCGGCACAAAGCUCGACGAGAUCGCCUACUGGAUAUCCUGGAUGUCGAUCUUGAUUGGCAUAUGCACCAGAUCAGUGAUGGAGAACGACGACGGGUACAAAUCGUUCAAGGUCUGAUGGCUCCUUGGAAUUUGUUACUACUCGACGAGGUCACUGUCGAUCUGGAUGUGAUGGUUCGACAGGAAUUGCUUCAGUUUUUGAUCGAAGAUACUAAGACAAGAGAUUGUACGGUGGUUUAUGCCACUCAUAUCUUCGAUGGAUUAGACAACUUCCCAACGCAUGUCUGCCAUCUUCAGAUUGGAUCGACUACGACUCCCAAACCUAUUUCAUGGCCAAUCUCGACGGAAGCGCCAGAAAAACACCCGGGAAUCCCGCCUAAUGCUCUCAAGGAAAUCGCGAGUCCCGACAGAAUCGGCUCAAAGUUACUGGUCCUCGCUCUACAUUGGUUGAAAGAGGAUCGGCUGAUCCGAUUGAAACUCGAGGCCCAAGGAGACCCACACUUCAAGAAACGUGGCGCUCUCCCUGAAAGCUCGGUUCCUACUGACUCGGAAGUCUUUUACCGAAAGUAUGACUACUCCAAUUCGGCAUAG